CUGCAGACAGUCCUCGAGUGUCCCGCUGCCUUGUUUACUCUGGUAGUCGAGUGUCUGCUGCCGACUUGUUGUCAAAUGACAAGAGAGGUCCGUGUCCUGCACACCUUUAGUCUGACAGAGAAACACCUGGCCUUGCACUGGCUCCUGCAGGUGGGGACAUUUUGAAGCAGCGGCACUGGCCCGAUGACGGGAAGCUAUAAAACUGUGUUAAUGCCCACGGCACGAGGAAGAUCAGGCGAGUGUGUCACCAUAUCGCACGUUUAAGGUCAAAGGUCAUGGGGUGCGGCGCGAGCGUCGAGGUCAAUAUCGAUCCGAUCAAAGUGCCCGAUACAGAGGAUGGUUACCCUCCCCCGUUCCCUCCAUCCAAAAGCAAGAAAGAAGUGUUUGUGAAAGAAAACAAUCAACAAAUUGAUGAAUAUGCCAAACAGGCACCAAGGAGUCUCAAUUCCAGCUACUCAACGUUGAUAGAAUAUUUGAUGAGAAAUACGAAGUCAGACAUCGACAAAGUCAGGUCCAUUUUUGCUUGGAUGUCAGCACAGAAAAUAUAUGAUAUGAAAUAUCCUCAUGUCAAGGAUGGCCAUUCACCGGAGGGCUACAUGAAGCUCAUCAAGCAGGAAGAUGGACACCACUCAUAUUUUUUCGCUUUGUUGUGCAGGGCGGCAGGGAUUCCCUGUGUUGUCCUCAGGGGCCCUUGCAAACCAGUUACUUACGAGGUGGGGCAGCAGGACGUGUCCAACCUUCGUGGCACCUGGAACGCCGUGUAUGUGGACGGGUCGUGGCGGUUUGUGCACCCUUACUGGGCACUAGAGGGCGUGAGUGGCUUCAACACGGGGACCUGGACCAAGGUGGAAGAAGGUGGACAGGCUGUCAGACAAAGGGAAAAGGCAUCCGGAGGACAAAAGGUGUACCACCUGGAGGAGUUUUGGUUCUUUACUGACCCAGAGAAAAUGAUGUACCACUGCCUGGAAGAAAGACCCCAGUGGCAGCUGCUGCAAAAUCCGUGGACCGUAUAUACCUUUGUAAAUGUCCCUUACUUCACUAGACGUUACCACGACAGUGGGUUCAAGCUGGUGUCUAAACAUGCUGCGAUUUUGAAAUCUGAAAAAGGGGAGGUCAACAUUAAAUUUCGCCACGAUAGCGACAGCAGUGCCACUGUGGAUUAUUCGCUCUUCUUCAAUGAAAAGGCCUCCAUGGAGCAGAUCCCCAAAGAACUGCAGCUGGACAGGUACGUGGUGAAGCUAGAUGACCAGAAGACCCUGAAGAUACGUUUCCCCGUGGUGGGCAUCUACAAGGUGACAGUGUCAGGAAGCUCGAGUUACACCUCCUUUGACCUGUGUGACAUUCGACUGGAGUGCGACGCCGUCCUCAAACAGGUUCAGCCGUUUCCCAUCAACCCUCCUAUUGGCUUCGGCUUUGGUCGAAAAGCCGAAGGAGCUGGUUUGUCCAAGCCGUCGCAGGUCAAAGGGGUCAUGGUGGUCAAGCAAUCUGAAAAAGUAAAGUUCCAGUUCGACUGCAAAGAGAAGGUGGAGAUUCAAGCAAUGCUCGUGCACAAGGACAUGGCGGCGUCCGAGCUGACGUCAUACGUCACACAGAACCACGACGACGGCAACGUGACCAUCGAGGUCACUGUGCCCCAGCACGCGCACAACCCCGAGUAUGCCCUGCAGGUCAACACGAGGCCGGCAGGAUCUCGCCAAAACUUUGAAAACGUCGUCAACUACCUGCUGACCCACGACAAACAGGAGCUGGAGAAGAAAGAGACUAACGAGAAGCAAAAGAUCAGAGAGGAGCUGGUAGCUGCCACAGAGAAAAAUGACAUCGAGUCUCUAGAGAACGCGGUCAUCAAGUUUGAAGAAGCUGGUCUCCCCGACAAUGGCGACCUGGAGAAGGCAAAGGCGAAGCUUGUCUCUCUUCAUGAACAGGAGCUGCGGAAGGCCAUGGCAAGCCAGGACCUUGAGGAGCUGGACGCUGCGUUGGAGCGCGCGGUGAAGUCACGUGUCUCGUCUCGACUGGACAAGAACCUGCUGAUGAAGGCCGACAAUCUAAGAAGUCGGUUGGUGCGGGCCCGCCUGCUGAGAAUCCUCAAGCUGAAGCAGUCCACAGUGUCCGAGAUCCUCAGUUACAGUCGGCCGCAACCUAUUGUACACAGCAUCAUGGCAGUGACCUACCUCCUGCUGGGCGAGAAGGAGCGGAACCUCAAGCGAUGGGAGUUCAUCCAGUCAUUGCUAAGGAAGCAGGGAAAGGAAAGCCUUAUUCGUCGUGUCAAGCAAUUCGACUUCGACCACCUCAAGGUCCCUAGAAUGCAGAAAGCGGAAGGGAACCUGAGCGCAUGCCCAGAGCCUGACGCGCGCCUGUCGAGUGCCGGAGCUGGAACUUUCUAUGUGUGGAGUCGUAACAUUGUUCAAGAGAAGAAGAAACAAGAGAAGCUGGUAGCAUCUCGCUGAUGUGUGACACAAAUCGAGAGAUCUCUGUCACGUGUGACAUGAGUGGAGCUGUCACUGUAUCCCACGUGACAUGAGUGGAGCUGUCUCUGUAUCUCACGUGACAUGAGUGGAGCUGUCACUGUAUCCCACGUGACAUGAGUCGAGCUACAUUAGGCCUCGUUUGUGACAGAAAAUCUUGCUUUAGAAUCUGUAAGUAGUUUUAAUGUAUUUAAGUGUAAAUUAAUGUAUACUUGCCGGAACAAAGGACGAAUAAAUAACAGAAAGACAGUGUAUAAGUUGCUAUAAUUAUCAAUAUUAUUGUUUGUAUUUAUCCCCACUACAUCUCUUUUGUCGGUGCCGUGACGGCUGGAAGUCGACCCACUCAGUCCAACACAGUUGUUUAUUCUUAUAGUUGCUUAAUGUUUGAAAUUCGCCCUAUUUUUUUUUUCUUUCGAUUUUGCUCUUGGGGGGCUCGCUAUGGUACUUGCUGUCUUGUAUUCAGGGUGGCCACAAGCGGCAGGUUGACUAAAAGUCGACUAAAGGCGAAGUAUUAGGGUUUACAUAACCAUAACAGCAAUAAAGCACAAGACUUUGUUUCAUCACCCAUAUUUAGCUAAAUUAUCAAUCGUUGGCGGUGUUUUCUCGUGUUGUUACCUACAGCAAGGGUAGCGCCGGUAGAAUAGAGAACUCAUAGUCUUAACUCACAUGUUUAAAUGCUCCAUGUCAAAAUAUUGUAUAUCAACAGAGUCCCUCAGUGUCUUUCUUCUGAGCUUUAUCUUGCAUAGUUAGUUGUCUGUGUUUGUUUCGUAUGAAGCCUGCGCCUCGUAUGCUCCAUAAACACGGAAAAUUCACAUACAAGGUAAGGGAAGUAACUGCGUCAGUAAAGAACAUGAUAGCGUCCCUUAGACGUUAAAUGUCGGAUCUGAAGGGCAGCCUGGGCUUGUCAACAACAGGAACUAAGACUUGUAGAAUUAUGGUGUAUUAUACUUUAUUGUCAACGACGCACAAAGACUUGUAGCAUUAUGUUGUGUUAUGUUGUAUUCUCACAAUUACUUUGUUUAUGGCAGUGCAUGUGCGUACAUGUGUUUAAGGAAGGGGUGAUAUUCUGUGUGUGUGUGCGCGCAUGCAUGAUCAACAUCUGACAUGUUUGUAAAUGUUCUUGCAUGAGACAAAGAUGUGUUUUUUGUGUGGUCUGUGUUUAUACAAACGAAAAAGAUUGAUUGGUGUAUUUAUUAAACAUUGAGGACGAAACAUCAGCCAGAGCACUUACAAAGUGUACAGAGGGAAUCAAGAUAUCAACUCCUAAGAUCGACAACACUGUAUUUAAAAUAAGUAGACAUUACAGAAGCACUUCAGCCGAUUGUUAAGAUUUCUGUUAAUUUUUUUUUCAAAGAUUGAUAAAAAUGUACUUAUAUUUUUUUUCCAUCAAUCAUUGUAACUGGUCUCAUGAAAACGUUUCCACUUUUACGGGGUUAGACCCAUUUGUAGUAAGAAAAUAUUGUUUAUUUUAAGUACAAAGAUAAAAUAAAAUAAAUGUAUUUAAAUAAA